AUGGCGUACAACGAUGACUCCGUGCUGGCACGGCUUUCGUCGCUCAACGAGAGCCACGACAGCAUCGCGACGGCAGCUCAAUGGAUCAUGUUCCACAGGAGACACGCGGAUCGUACAGUGCAGCUCUGGAUGCAGCGACUCAAGGACUCAUCCAGCACCAAACGUCUGACGCUCGUUUACCUCGCAAAUGAGGUUGUUCAGCAGUCCCGGAUACGUCACAAGGAAGACUUUGUCAUCGCCUUCUCCCCGAUCGUGGCUGAGGCUACCGCUAUCGCCUAUAAAGGGGCUCCGGCCGAGGUUCAGGCAAAGUUGAGACGCGUCGUGGAUGUCUGGAAGGACAGGACCAUAUUCGAAGGCCCCAUCCAAAGUGCCAUCGAAGCCAGACUUGAAGAAUUGGACAAGGCUCGCGGGGCUCCGAAAUCGGGGUUUGGGGGGUCUCCGUUUGGAGCUUCCUCCUCAGUGCCGUCCGAGUUCACGCCCUUGGUGUCUGCACACCAGAAAGUAUCGAAGCUGAGCUUGCCGCUCCGCACGACAGUCGCUUCGGCCAAUCAAGAGUACGAGAAACACACGGAUCCUAGCACGGCGGUGCCGACGGCGCCGGUAUACGCCGCCCGUCUUAAUGGUCUUCUCAAGACUCUUGCAAACGCAGAAAGCGCCGUGGCGGAGUGUGUCAAGGCCCGGGAGGGCUUGGUAUCAGGGUUGGAGAAGCUGCUGGAGACUAAUCGAAGUGCUCUGGAAAGCGACAAGAAUGCUGCGGCUCAGUUGCUGAAACGGAAAGGGGAAGUUGAGGACAAGAAGCAGCAGGUGGAAAUGGCCAUAAUGCGAGCCCUUGGCCCUGCAGAAGGGAACGGCUCUCCGGAAGAAGGGGGAUCCGUGAGCCCGCCUCCUGAACCAGGCCGGCCCGAGAUGGAAGCGUUGACUCCGCCGGCAAUCGAGGACGAGCCCGCGGACCCGCUGGGAGAGGCCCUGGCCUCAGAGGCUUCGGAUGAUCAAUCCGCGGCAGAACCGGACACAGAUGCUGCAUCUGCCCCGGGCCCCUCUCCCCAAUCCUUGACCAUCUUCACCAACGGCGCUAACAAAAGACGACGAGUUGAUGAUGGCGAUGAGCUUCCCGAUCUGGGUAAUGACGGAGAUAUUGACCCCGAAGUGACCGAGAUGCUCAAGGAAUGA